AUGAGGCUCUUCGCUGCCUCCAUACUAUUUUUCGCUGUCGUUCAAGCGGUUCGUUCAAUUUUUUUUUUGAAAUCAAUUUCGUUUUUAUCGAUUAUUAUUUUUUUCAUCAAAUAUGUUUUGAUUAAUUUCGAUAGUCCACUUUCAACCGCUUAAAAAUUUUCUCAUCUCUCCGCUCUUUUGGCUUUUUUUUCCUUUUUUUUUUACCUUUUCUCCAUUUUUUGAGCCUGUAAGUCUUUCAAUAACUCCGGUCGGUUACAUGUUCAUAAUUUUUUUCAGGACGACUUUUCUCAUGAUUUUUGCAGAAGAAAAUUGGUCAAAUUUCUAUUUUUCUUCAGGAGAAGCCAAUGCUUGAAAAAACGUUUCGAAUAUUUGUUCUUACAGUUCUUAGUCGUAGAAUAACUUGAAAUAAAUAAGAAAAUUGGUGAAAACGAUCAAUAUCGCGGCGACACAGGGAAAUAGCUAGCGCGAGGCCAAUAAGUGUGCAAAACGAGAAGGUUUAAGUUUCGGAGGAGGGGAAAGUCUGCGAAUAAUGUGGGUGCGGACGGUGGAGAUUCGAGAUGAAAUCUCAGAAUGAAGUGGUUGACGCCACGAAAAAACAGAAUCGAUUUGCAGCAGAAGCUGAACGAUGGCGACGUGCAGACGCCCUACGGAGACGCGCCCUAUUCGCAUCGUCGGCUCUUCGGGAUACGAAGACUUAGGGUCUGCUCUUUUCUUAUUGUUUUUUUUUUCUUUCCUCUCUUUUUCAUCUUGAGUUAUUGAUCCAAAACGAAUAGGGAGCUGGCUGUUCGAGAUUAGUUUGUGUGAUUAUUUUAUAAAUGUUUUAAUUUCAGCCGAAUCAUGAGUACAGAUAUACUCUAUUCACCGCUAGCUUGAGCAAAAAUAUUGCAGAGACUAGUUUCUGCCAUAGACUUCUUCCUUUUGCAUACAGUUUCCUCAAUCGUCUAAAUACCCUCAUUGAGUAUUUUCUCAGGCCAGCGCUGAAUAAUCAAGAUUUUUUUUUCCUGGUUUCAUAGUUUGAAAGGCUCUAGAAUAUUCAUUCAAGCCAAAGCUCUAUAGAAGCUUUUCUCACUUUGUUUUCCAGGUUCUGAGGCCGCUGCUGACCUCAGACUCGCCACAGCGCGUUGAACCGUCGUCGCGUCGGAGGCAACAGCCUCGGUUUGUCGACAGCUCCGAAGAGCUCAGUGUUCGUUUUUUUUUUCGAAUAUAUAUUAGAUCCGGGAUUUGAAAAUAGCGUGGUUGAAGAGCUGUGAGGUUUUGAAUGGGAAAUGUCUCUGCCAUUGUGUGGCGGUGGUCAGCGAGAUGUCGUCGUGGCCCUCGAUCUGGCUGCCAGCCUCUGAGACGCGAAAACUUGUUCCGCGCGUCACGCCAGUUCCAUGACUCAAUCGCUUCCUUCAGGGACCUUCCCGUGUCCCUCGAUGAGUUGCCAGCAAAACAGCCCCAAGGAUUUGUUCCACAUUAAGCCGUCUUAAAGUAGAGAAUAAGGAUCCAAGUUUCAUUUUUCCUUUCGAAUGAGAUUCAUGUGAUUCUGUACAGUGUCUUUUGAAAAAAAGCAGUGGCUUUUCUGAAAUAAGAAAAGGUUGGUAGAUGGAAAAAGAAGUUAGAAGUUAUACAAGAUUUUCUAAUUGUAUAGUAAAACACACUUUUUUCAAUUGAAAGCUUUUUUAAUGACUUUUUAUUUGUAAGUUUGUUUGAACUCUAUGCUAAUGUCAUUUUUGAAAGCAGAUUGGUUAUCAUAUUUUUAAAAAGACGAAAAAAACAAAAAUAAAUAUUUCGGUUCUCAGAUAAUUUUUUUCAAUUAUUUAUGAGCAUAUAAUAUAUAAUGACGUCAAAAUUGUUUCUGUUUCAUGUUCAGAAGAUGAUUGUCGUCUUAAUUCGCCAUCUCUCAAAUCGGGAGAAUUUGUGAUUUAUUGUUUUUUUUUAUUGGACGGAAAUUCAAAAUUUGCUUUGAAACAAGCUCGCCGACUGGUUUCCAACUUGUUUGCAAUGCGUGACCUCCUGGUCAACCGUUGCAAAAAGUUUGACAAAAGGACUGUUUCGGAGAAAAAAUGUUUGUCACAUGCACUUUCCGCUUUUAAUGGGCUCAUAUUUCAAAUAGUAAGACUAUCUACGGAUUUUUAGUGUAAAUUUGAGAGCGCAAGGUUAAAAUGAAGUUAUUUAUUUAUUUUUUAGAAUGUGGAAGUUUCACAGGUCUGGUCAUUUCUGACGAAUAAAGGGGUGAAAAAUUUUUUAGCGGUGCAAGAAUUGCGUUUGAAAUCCAUCAGAUCUUGCUAAAACCCCUUCUUGUAUUCUCGUCUGAACUUCCCUGCGAAAUUUCGAGUAGAGCCGUGUCGAUCGCGUUAUUUUCCAAUCAAGCGUCGUUUUCCAUUAAGACGAGCAGAGCUUUCAUUCUUCGUAGAAGAAAGCGAGAUUCGGCGGUGAAAGAGAACACUACCGCGGCAUUAAAAGCUCGAAAGAGGUCACUGAUACGACGCUUCUGCGCAUUCUGAUCAAUCCAUCGAGCGUGAGUUGCAAUCCGCGUGGGUCGCGGUUGAUUCGACUGAUUGCGUCGUUCAACGGUCUCUCAAGAUAUUUCACGAAAUCUUUAGACGGCAUAUCCAAAAAAAGUUUCAAAAUCUUGUUCAAAGGGCCAGUUAUGUAUAGAAGUUCAAUUGCAUAUCAACAGCAGAAGAUUUGUUAAGUUCGGUUAUUUUCACUGAACAGGGAGUUUUCUCAUUUCAUAGUGGGUUUUAUCGAAUGAGACUUUCCUCACCAUGUGUCUCUUUCCGCUGUUUGUAAAACUCUGCUCGAAAUUUUUUCAAAGUUCUCUCAAAAAAUCUAGAAAUGAUGAAACUUUAAUUUCUUGUUCAUCCAGUUACUGUAAAUCACUGAAAUUUCUCGAAAAUUUUAGUUCGAUAUUGUUUUCUGAAGAAUUCUGUUUUAGAAAGACACUGCAAAUGUGGUGAAAUGUUCGGUUUCGACGGACAGCAGAGCCAUCGAUAGUGCAAAAUUUUUUUGCAUUCUUUUCUUUCUAGAUAUUUUUUCCAUUUUUAGGUGAUCAAAGUUUUUUCGAAAACCUACGAUUUUUCUAAAAAUUAUCUAGCUUCAAGUUGUCAUGGCUAACCUGCUAGUUCACAUGGGUAGCUUUUCACUUCUUCAAAAAAAAGAUUUGAGGAACUUUAUGAGAAACUUGAGGGUCGUCAUCAUGAAAAUGUAUAUGAAAUAGUAUAUGAAAAGUUAUAUGAACAAGACCAGAAAAGGAAAAAAAGAGAAAGUGUUUUUGUUGAGAUUGUGUGAUAAAAUAUUAAAUUUUUUUUCAUUUGAUUUUUUUACGAGUCUUUUCUUUCAAUAGACGAUGCUCAAUGAAGUUCAAAUCAAACAAAGAUAAAUUGCAGAGCUUCGUGCCGAGAGCCCAGGUGCCUCGAGCUCAGGUGCCGCCGUUGUUGGUGCCUCCUUCACAACCGAUCCAAGGCGGAUCAGUUUCUUCCGAAGCCGUCGAAAGUUCUGCGGAGGAUGAAGUGCGAUCCACUCGCGUCAUUCUGCAGAAUCCUCUUCAACUCAGCGCCCACAUGGACGAGAAGCGCCGGAAACGCAUCGAGGUAAGAGAUUUAUUUUUUAGAAGUUGAAAAAAUGUCUGCUUUUAAAUCGUAUCGUUUCAUAAAAAAUAUAUUUCCUAAAACUGCAGGCGAGAUGGCGGCGUCUUGGAAUCAAUUUCGACAGAAUCAGCAAUCGAAAUGACAGCCCCGAUUAUCCGCACCACAAGGCUGUGAGUUUGAAAAUGCUUCUCUGUUUAGUUUUUUCCGGAACCUAACUAGCCUUCUCAGGUAACCGAAAUAGAGAGGACGAUGCCAGCCGCAAUUCAACAGUUGAACAUCCCUACUGAGGUUUCUUUUCAUUUGUGACUCAAACAUCCGCAGUUUAAUAGAGUCCGUCAAAAAUCUUCUACCGCGAAGUGAGACCAAGACCUCGUGUCCAAGGGCCGAUUCUGCGAGUGCUCAGUCCUCCGGAAGGUUCGCUUCUGUCCCUUCCUUUUCCCCGAUAAUGCUUUCCUAACCGGUCUGAACUCACUCAGCUAACCGCUUCGGUUUCUGGAUUCUAGAAUUCAGAACGGGUGCCGCUUCCCGCUGAUCUGCCGCCGCAGGGAGACUACCAUUCGAGACCGAAACCAACUUUCAAGGGUAUCAAGUUCACGCAAGAGAAGCUGAGCGUGCGUCCGCGGCUACGCAUCCGCCGCCCCGGUUCGCUACUUUCCUUCUACUUUCCUAUCGCUUCCGCUUCUCUUUCUUUGAUUUCUUUGAUUUGUUUGGUUUUUCGUUUGCGGGUGACGGCGUGUUGGGAGAGUGCAAACUCGGGUUGUUGCAGGAGCUCCGUUGCCGCCCAUCGAAGACUUUGACCCCAACCUCACUCCAUUUAUGAACAACGCGCGCACCAAAUAUGGCUACGGGCCACCGAAACCACUUCCUGACGGUAUGCUUUUUCGAAAUUUUCAUAAUUUGAGAGUUUGAGUCUCAUUCUCAUUAUAUUCGAGCUUAUAGACAAUGAAAGACUAUUCUGAAAAAAACAAACAAAAAAAAACCCAUCUUGUUAAUGAUUCUUUCUUUGAAAUACGUAAUGAGAGAAUUUUCAAAGUAUUAUGUUGUUUCAUCAUCUUCUUCCUACUUCUUCCUACGCCUUUGUACCGCUUGAGCGGCGUCGGCGCCCCAAGUCGAUUAGCCGAGGUCCUAUCCUGAUAUCAGUGGACUGGCUCCAGUGACAUAUCCGUCCUUGUCUGUGACGGCUGGGGAUUAUGAAGCUGUGGUUUCCCACUACCAACAUUUCUUAAACCCCUUGGUUGGGUCGGGGAUCGAACUUGUGACCCUGUGGACCGUAGACAGGCACACAACCUGUUGCGCUACGGCGCGCCCCUAUGUUGUUUCAUCAUAUUGUUGAAAAAAAAAAAACAAAUCUUGAACAAUUAAAAAAGGCGAUGACCAAUAUCUGUUUCUGCCUGAAAAAGUGGUUUUUAUGACAAAUUAUUCCACUAUAACCACAGAAAAAGUCAAAUUGAAAGACAAAAAGUGAGUUUUUUGAACUAUGACAAGGAACUCUGUCCAAAGGAUAUAAUCUAUGCAUACUCACUUACCUGAAAUUCCAGCCAACUACGGUAUUAACGAACUCUUCUUACCGAACUCCAUAUAAUUAUGUAUCGGCCUCACGUGAAUUGAAAAGAAUUUAGAUCCGUUCGAUUUUUACCAGAUGUUUUCCAUCCCCUAUGGACAAAAACAAGUUUAUUACUGUCUCACUCGCCGUUAACUAGUUUGAUUUUGUGUGCUUGGAAUCGAGUUUUUUUUUGUGCAAUAUGCUCGUUUCUUCUAAAAUAGUGCAGAAAUCAUCAUAAAUCUCAUGAGAAAAUCCGAUGAAUGUUUAUUCGCAUGUGAGAAAGUUUUCAGAGUUACCGACAGUACCUACCACGACGACAACGAUAGCAACUACCACUGUCACAACGACCACACCAUCCACAACGACUACAGCUGCCCCGACGACUACGGCAGAGGCAGAAACUGGAGCUCCCCUCGUGGAUACCGAAGAAUCUUCUCCUAUCACAGAGUCCGAAAACUCAGGGGCGGGAGACUCCGGUUCGAGAGCCAAUGAGGACUGGAACCAAGUUGUUUUUUAGGCGCUGGUUUUGGAUUCGGACCAUCUGAACUACCGCCAGAGUUUGCGAACGUCGGUUUCGGUGUAGGCGGAGGACCCAGCGGCUUCAGCUUCAAUGUGCCCGCCGAAGAAAUGAACAAGGUGCAGGCGGAGACGACGACCACAGCAGCUCCUGAGACGACGACGCCGCGACAACGCUUCAAACAGAGGUUCCGUUCCCCGUUUCCCAAAACGUUUGUAUUUCGUAAUUUAUAGGAAACAACCCAAUCCAGAUUUCGACAAGAACGAACCGGUUGUUAUACCUCAAAAUUCUGGCCUACGAGCUGUAGCCCCCCCUAAGGAGUUUGGCGACGCUGGAGGAUUCGGAAGCGGUGGAUUUGGAGGCGGCGGAGGCAGCAUCGGCGGAGGCUCCGGAUUCACUGGAUUCGGAGGAGGAGGAGGCGGCGGAGAUCCCGACUUUGGAGGAGGCAAUCCAGCAGCGACAGGGGAAGGUGAGAAUGAAAAAUCUAGCGAAGAUGAGUCCUAAUUUCUCAGGAGGAGAAGACUUGUUCACCGGAGAUUCUGCGUUAGUACCGUCAAAAGGACCGACUGGAGAUGGCUACGGACCCCCAGUGUUCCCUGGAGGAGCUGCUCCGCCGGCUGUACCUGCUGUUGGACUUGGAGGAGAUGCCGCGGGCAAGAAUCCCUACGGCGCUGUUGUCGAAGUCACCGAGAAUCCGCGAACAACGGUUAGUUUUGUCACAUUUUUGAAACAUUGGAGAUCAGGUUAAACCUUCGGCUCUACUCAACGUUUUGAACAAAGCUGACCUUGGGUUCAACCAGGCUAUAGAUCAUUUCGAACACGGAACGCCUGUCGAGACGGCUGCCAUCGACAUUCUCGAAGGUCAGUGUGUUCGAAUUCAAAGAGUUUCCAGCUCAUGAAGACAACGCAUUCAAAGAAGAUUUACGUGUUUACCAAGAUUUUCUAGUGGCGCUCGGCUCGCAGAAACUCGACUCACAGGCCAAACUUCUGGGACACGUCGACAGGACCAUCGGACUGGACAACUUGCAGCGGAUACAGCGUUGGGCCAACACAGCUGGAGCUUUAGAAGUCUUCAAGGAGCAGGUAGUUCUUUCCCAAAGAGGAACAGAAUGAGGAAGUUAGGAUUUCAGUUCUUGAAGUUCGCAAAGAACUUCCAGCCGCCGCCAGACCUGCUGCCAACUGUCCCCCCGCAGCUCGAGUACCUUUUCAAGACCUCGGGUCGGUAG